CAGCCGAGACGCAGCGGUAGGGGAUGGCCUGUGGCCGGCAGAGCGCCGCAGGGGCUUCCAGAGAGGCCUCUGCGUGCGCCUGUCCGGCCCCAGCCCGCUGUUCAGGCUCAGGAGCCCGGGCUGCGCCACUCUCCCGCCUGUCCGCUAAGUCCAAAGGCCCCCAGUUCGGAUGUCUGGGGAACUACAUGUCCCAGCGAGCCUUGCGCCCGCGCAUGCCUCGAUCGUAGCCCCGGAGGUCCACCUUCAGUUGGGACCCAGUCGCUCCGGACCGAGAGCCGCAGGGGCUAUGCAGUCCUUUGGACUCUUUAUGUCGUUCUCAGACGUUUUACCUACACUCCCCGUGCCGGCUACUGGGGAGCCAGAACAGCCUGGGCUCUGCCCUGGAGCGUUGAAGGUCCGGGUAACAGAGUACUGCACUCUGGCGCAGUCCUCACUGUGUUGGGGAAGCGCGAAAGCCUUAUGGUCCCGGGAGGGGCUAGGUCUUUCGAGGGUCACACAACUAAGGGCCGCUAAGCUGGAGUCAAGGUGUAGCUGGAGACCAAAGAGGAGAGGAGAGGGGACACUUAAGAUGGAGGGAAAAUGGAGAAUUCAGUUGAAGUCUUAUCCCCCCACCCCGCGUCCCCCUUCUUCCUCGGUCUGCCCAGCUCUGCACUUCAGCAGCCACUAAGUCUUAAAUCUAGACAGUAGGAUGAUGGUUCCUGAUCCUCCUGCAGACCCUCAAGGCCCUCGAGGUGGAAGUUUUAGGAAUGGGGAUGAAUCAAGAGCCUCAUUGCGCCACAUAAAGCUCACACAUCCGAAUGCAGAUCGGGGCCAGAAAGCUAGACAGUUAACACCCGAGAUGCACACACUUGACAGCCCUUAUCAUCCCUCUGAAGGAUGUACUUCCAUCCCCAUUUUACACUUGGACAAACAUCUUCACAGAGAUUUGUGACUUGUCAAGGUCACACAGCUCAAGGGGCAGAACAGGCUCUGCACAUAACCAUUAGUGAUGUCUUAUCCCCUUAGUAACACGUGGGAGAUGAGCGACAGUGCUGAGUGUAUCUUAGGUGUUUAGUAAACGCCAUCUGUCAUUAGAGUUGUUACUGUCCCGAUUUUACAGACAAGAGACAAAGAGUGGUGAGAAGCAAAUAAAUUACCUAGGGUCUCAAAGCUGAAGCCAAGGUGUUGUACAUGUGAGCCCCAGAUCCCAACACCUCUGGCAUCCCUGCCUCCCGGCCCAUCUAUCUGUGUAGUCAAUUUUUACAAGAGUCAAAGCUUUUGUAAGGGGUUCAGAUGCAUUCAGUUCAGCUCUCAACAGUGAUAACUAGGCCAGGGGUUUGUGAACCCUACCAGGUGUGUGAGGCCCUGGUAUCUGGGAAGUCCAGUCUUGAGCUGGCCUUGCCAGCCAUAAAGUGUGUCCUGAGGUGAUACCUCAGUCUGUUACUUCCUGCUGACUCCAUCCUAUGAAGGUUACUGUGCCCUGCUUUAGAGGGAGGCUUAGGAGGCCAUGGAAAGGAGGGUUAAGUACUUUCUGACCCUGAGGGAGGCAGCCUGCUGUCCAGAUUUUUGGGUAGGUAGGAACCCUGACUGAGCAGGGCCCCAGCAGGAAAUGAUGACCACACCCUCCUCUUCCUGUCUUAGCCUGCCUAAGCCUGUCCCAUCUGCUGAGGCUUUGAAGGGGGGAGCUGGAAUGUAGUAGCAUCAAGUGCCUUGAUUUAGAAGGAACAGGAUUUGAGUGUCUCUCUGGCUUUUGUCUCCUUGGUGUGAUCUGGAGCGACCCUAAUUUUCUGUGGACCUUUUGUGACACUGCAAUCAGGCAUACUACCUCUCGACUCAGUUUCCUCAUCUGGAGAACAGGGAAGACACAUCUAGCCAUUGUGAGAAGAUGAUCAGGGUUGGACUCACCAGACCUGGCAGGAUACCGUAGGGUUGUGAGCCCCGGCCCAGCCCCUCCACCUCCCUGCCCCCCUGAUGCGACCAUGGGCUCUGGCAGUGACUAGGUGGCCACCCUCUGCCCCUGUGGGUCAACGUCAGUUCUCUGCAGGACCCAGAAGUGCUCCAGGCCAGCUCUGGGGAAGUCCUACCAGGGCCUCCUCUCUGUGGUACAGCCCCGGCCACCAGGGCCCCCUGGCCAGCCCACCUGCCCAGGAUGAGCACUUACCCUCCCAGCAGCCGCUGCCCCGACCUCCACACCUCCCCGUAGAGGAGCACCGAGCCUCGGCUCCUGCCGGCGGGAGCCCCCGAAUGCUGCACCCGGCCACCCAGCAGAGCCCGUUCAUGGUUGACCUCCACGAGCAGGUGCACCAGGGACCUGUCCCUCUGUCUUACACAGUCACAACAGUGACCACCCAAGGCUUCCCCUUGCCUACAGGCCAACACAUCCCCGGCUGCAGCGCCCAGCAGCUCCCAGCAUGCUCCGUGAUGUUCAGUGGGCAGCACUACCCACUGUGCUGCCUCCCACCCCCGCAGCUGAUCCAGGCGUGCACCAUGCAGCAGCUCCCCGUGCCCUACCAGACCUACCCCCACCUCAUCUCCAGUGACCACUACAUCUUGCACCCUCCACCCCCGGCGCCCCCACCGCAGCCUGCCCACAUGGCACCUCUUGGGCAGUUCGUCUCUCUGCAGACCCAGCACCCACGCAUGCCCCUGCAGCGGCUCGAUAAUGAUGUGGACCUGCGUGGGGAGCAGCACCCCUUGGGUGGCUUCAGUUAUUCCACCUCUGGCCCUGGCCCAGCUUUGUCCCCCUCAGUGCCUCUGCACUACCUGCCCCAUGAUCCGCUGCACCAGGAGCUGUCAUUUGGUGUGCCGUAUUCCCACAUGAUGCCGCGAAGACUGAGCACCCAGAGAUACCGCCUGCAGCAGCCACUGCCCCCACCACCCCCGCCACCACCGCCACCACCUUAUUACCCCAGCUUCCUGCCCUACUUCCUCUCCAUGCUGCCAAUGUCACCAACAGCGAUGGGGCCCACCAUCAGCCUGGAUCUGGAUGUGGAUGACGUGGAGAUGGAGAAUUAUGAGGCCCUCCUGAACCUGGCUGAGCGGCUGGGAGACGCCAAGCCUCGAGGCCUCACCAAAGCAGACAUCGAGCAGCUCCCGUCUUACCGUUUUAAUGCGGACAGCCAUCAGUCGGAGCAGACACUGUGUGUGGUCUGCUUCAGUGAUUUCGAGGCACGGCAGCUGCUCCGAGUCCUCCCCUGUAACCACGAGUUCCACGCCAAGUGUGUCGACAAGUGGUUGAAGGCCAACCGGACGUGUCCCAUUUGCCGGGCUGAUGCUUCUGAGGUGCCCAGAGAGGCUGAGUGAAGCCCCACAGCUGCCCAGGAGAACCCUGCCCGAAGCUCUGGAAACUUGAGGGACCCAGGGAGGGAACGGCCCAGGCUCAGUUCCCACCUGCAUCUCCAGAGCUGGAGCCAGGGUCAGCCCUGCGAGAAGCCCCUGCAAUAAGCCCCUGCAUUUGCCAAGCUCCAAAGACUCCUUUCCUCAUCUGCCUGCCUGUCUGCCACCGCGGAGCUGCCUGGGUGUCCCCAACUCAGCCUCCCUCCUGUUUGCCCAUGGGUUCUUUGUUUUCCUGCUUGGCACUGGGAGCCAGAGGAUUGUUCCCCAUGGUGGCUGGUAGCAGUCCUUGGCCCCAUGAUGGAUAAGGGUUUGCCACCCUGGGUCAGCUGGGCUUUUGCACUGAAUUAGUGUGCCCUCUGUCUGCCCAGGUGAAACUUCCAGGUGUGUGGACAGACAGUGGCAUGAGGCCAUUUCCUAAGCCCCAGGGCUGAGUGCUUGACCUCAGAAGCGUCAGGCUGCCAGCCCCCGCCUGAGACUGUAGGGUGUCCUGGCGGGGCCUCUUGAGCAAGUGGACACUGGCCCCAGGCUGGGGCAGUGUAUGCUGAAGGGGUCCAGGCCGUGUUGGCAGAGCGAGACCCUGUGUUCUGGUGGCUGCCCCUUCACCAGUGACAGGGUCAGACCCAUGUCCGCUCUUCUCCCCUCUGUCAUUUUGCAUGAAUGUGAGGAGCAGCAGCUUUUGUUUAUUCAUUUGGCCCAAAAUUGCGUGUAGGAUUGGGGGGGUGUGGAUAUUUAUGACAGUUUUUUUCCUUCGAUUUAGUGGGGGGUACAGGGAUCAACCAGGACUGAACGCCCAGGGGGCAGAGAAGGGUCAAGUAGGGCCACCUGGCCUGCAUGCGUGUGUGCGGCUGGGGCUGGGCUGGGCUGGGCAGCCAGCGGUCGGAGGGCAGGGUUGGGGGAUUCUGUGCUCAGCUGAUAACUGCCAUGCACUGUACUGCACACGUCCCUAGAGCCUACUGGGACCGUCCGCUUUUCAGGGCAUUUCUCCCUCUCCAGCCCAGGUCUGCCUCCCACCUGCCUGGGUUAGUCUCCUCCAAGGAAUCCCCGGAGGACAGGGACUAGGGAGUGUGAGGACCAUCAAUCCUGGAGGUUCCUCCCAGCCUGAUCCUUGUCCUUCAAGGUCUGGAGGGGGGACCCCUUAGGGUCUGGCUGAGCUCCCCACCCUCCUUCCCUGAUCCCAUUCCUUCCCUGCCCCCAGCUGGGGUUGCUGCCCUGAAUGAACGAACCGCGUGUGGGGCCGGCACAUCCUAGCAGGCAGCCCUCGGCGCCUGCUGCCUCAGGGAUGCUCCAACCACCCUCGUUCUCCCCGCAGCGGCCCUGGCCCCUGCCUCCCGCCCCAGCCUGCCAUGGGACCCCUCAGCCUGGUCCCACCCCCAUGGAGAACCCAAAGUCUUAACUGUAUAUAAUUCCAGGUGACGUUUCUAUAUUUAUAGCAGUGUUGAAAAACCCACGUGUUUUACAGAGAACCACUCCUACCCCCCUCCCUUCCCCACCCCAACAAAAGGUUUUCAGAAACCCUUACAGUUCCUGGGGCAGGCGGAAACAGGUUCACGGAUUGUGUGUCGUCUGCAGCAAUUCCAGCAAGCAGCUACUGGGGGGAAAACAACAUUUUAAAAAAUCAUCAUUUAAAAAAAAAAGAUUUAUGAGACAAUUAUUUAGGAUGUUUGUGAUUUGCUGACCUUGCUAUAGAUGCCAUGUUACCAAUGAUUUCCUGUGGUGGGGGCUUGUCAUUGUUUACUCUUUUAUUUACCAACUUCUGGCCUAGGCAUGACAGUGGGCACCUUCCCCCAGCCCCGGCUGGGCCCAGCGCCUGUGUUCUGUGUUAGAAAGUUUUUAUAUAUGUAUAAUUACAUAUAUAUAUAUAAAUAUAUGUAAUUGUGGGGGCCCUGUUCCUUGCACAUUUUACAGUUACCUCAUUUUUCCCAUGUAUGUAUUUGAGAAAAUGCUAAUAUAUAGAGAAAAAAAUGGUUCUUAAAGCUUAAAUGUGUGGUUUUUUCCAUUCCAUUGGAUUCACAUUGGUUUGUAGCAUUUAACAUAACUAGUAUGUUGUAUUAUAUAUAUGUGUAUACUGAUUGAAAUUUUUAACAGAUUUGUACUUUUUUUAAAAUGAAAGUUGCUAGUUCUGCUUGACCAAGUAGUGCAAUCAUUAUUUUUUUUAAUAUUGUUGCUGAUUUCAGAGGGAUAUUCACUAAUAAAUGUAUGAUGUAUACCAA